AUGACAAGAUUUAUUGGGUGUAUAGAUUUGCAUAACGGGGAAGUUAAACAAAUUGUGGGUGGCACGCUGACUAGUAAAGAGGAAGACACUCCAAAGACGAACUUUGUAUCCCAACAUCCGUCUUCGUAUUAUGCCAAACUUUAUAAAAAUCACGACGUUCAAGGGUGCCAUGUAAUUAAGCUGGGCCCCAACAAUGACGACGCUGCACGCGAGGCCCUUCAGGAAUCACCACUAUUUUUACAAGUAGGUGGGGGGAUUAACGAUACAAACUGCUUGGAAUGGUUACAGUGGGCUAGUAAAGUGAUUGUCACCAGUUGGCUCUUUACCAAAGAGGGCAGUUUCCAAUUGAACCGGUUGAAAACGAUGGCAAAACUAUGUGGCAAAGACCGUAUUGUUGUAGAUUUAAGUUGUAGGAAGACGCAAGAUGGGCGUUGGAUUGUCGCGAUGAACAAGUGGCAGACCUUGACUGACCUCGAGCUUAACGCGGAAACGUUUCGAGAACUAAAAGAGUACACAAAUGAGUUUCUGAUUCACGCCGCCGAUGUUGAAGGUUUGUGCGGUGGUAUUGAUGAGCAACUGGUAUCUAAAUUAUAUGAAUGGACCAAAAAUUACGACGACUUGAAAAUUGUUUAUGCCGGCGGAGCCAAAAGCAUUGAUGAUUUGAGAUUGGUUGAUGAAUUAAGCCACGGUAAAGUCGAUUUGACGUUUGGUAGUUCCUUGGAUAUAUUUGGUGGGAACUUGGUCAAAUUCGAAGACUGCUGUAAAUGGAAUGGAGUGCAAAAUUAG